UCGUUACUGGUGUCUCAUAUCAAUUGGGUAACUUGGUUUCUUCAGCUUCUUCAACAAUUGAAGCUACUAUUGGUGAACGUUUCCCUAUCAAUGCCGCAGAAGGGAUUUAUGACUAUGGUAAGACUAUGGCUAUCUUCGUUGCUGCAGUUGUUCUAUACUUGAUGAUUGUUGUCUUCCUUGGUCCAGAAAACAGAAACGCAGAAUUAGGUGUUGAAAGAGAGGAUAUUUACACCGUCUAUGAUUCUGAUGAAGGUGCUUUGGUUGCACCGGAAAUUGACGAAAAGAAAAACAAGGAAGUUGAAACCAUUGAAAAGGUUUAA